AUUAGUAAGUUUGAAAAUUGUAUUAUGAAAAUUUGAUGAAUAUUUAUUAACAUUUAUCUAUUUUUUACUGAAACCAAAUAUGAAUUCAAAAUGCAUGAAUAAAUACUAUUUUCAAGAAAAUAAAGUUUAUUUUAUCUGAUAUUUCCAAGUGCUAUUGUACUCAUAAAUGUAUACACCUAUACUUAAAAGUAUACAGACACAUCAGAUAAAAUAAAUUUUUUUUUGUUUUCAAAAGCAAUGUUUAUCUAUAUGUUUCUUGUGUAUAAUGUAAGAUAGACGAAUGAUUGCUGGUAAUAUUAAUUUAUCAAAUUAUAAUAGAACCAGACAACUGCUAUAAAUUAAUGAUUAGAAUAUUGACAUUAUAGUUAGUCAUAUCAUUUAUGAUACUUAAAUUUAUUAUUCUUUAAAAUUUGGAAAACAAACAUGUUAGGGUUUGUAGAAAAAAUGAUUGGCAUAUCCAUAUAUAAUGAUAAUAUGAAUUAAUAUACUUCUGGCAAGAGGAUUGGAUAGUUUAAUUGACAAUGUUAAGCAUCACAGAUUAGAGUUUUGCUUUAAGUGAUUUAUUUUAUCUUUUUUAUAAAUUUAAUUAGUCAAUAUAAAUGAAAUAAUUAUUAAAAUUAUCAAUAUAUGAUGAUAAAUCUAUUUCUAAAAUGUAUAGCUGAUAACUUGAUAUAGUUUAAUGAAUUAAGUUUUUUUUUUAGCCGUUUAACACUUUAACAUUAAACAUACACAACAUACCAAUAUCAGCAUACUUGAAAACUUUUGUUAUAAACAGAUGAAAAUAUUAGUAAAUAUUUCUUAAUUUUAAGUGUGCUGAUAAUGGCAUGUUGUGUAUGUUUAUUCUAUCCCAGUAUUGGAGUGUUAUUCACUUUAACAUAAUUACCCAUAUAGAUAAAUUAAUCUUUUAAUAUAUUAAAAAUAUUAUUUAAUUAAUUAAGUUAAAUAAACUUGACUGUUAUUUUUAUUUAACAUAAUAAUAAGUAAUUAUUUAAAAUUGAUAAAUUCCUUAUAACAGUUUAAACAAUAAUAAUAAUUUGGGUAUCUCUUUUCAGCAACAUGCAGCAUUGAUAGGAGGUGCCAAUUCUCAAUCGUGCCCAGUAUGUCACAAGAUAUGUUUGAAUGGAGAAGCUCUGAUGGAACACAUGAGAACUACACAUAAGGAUCCAAAUGCAUCGGGCACGCCAAAUAAAAGGCGCACAACAAGUCAUCCUUGUCCUGUCUGUGGGAAGACUUAUGUCAACGAAGGCUCUCUUCACAAACAUAUUGCGAGUCAUCCUGAAUCUGCUUCUUCCAGUCCACCAGUUCGAAUGUGGCCAUGUUCAGUGUGCCAGAGUGUAUUUUCUCAAGAAGCAGGUUUACUUCAUCACAUGGAAAAUAUGAGAAUGGAGCCAAAGCACCAAUUUGCAGCACAAUAUGUUUUGAGUAGAGCAGCAGCAGAGAAGAGAGAAAAAGCUGCUACAACAGUUGGAUCACCAUCUACUUUACCUAGCACAUCAAUGAAUAUUUCAAAUGAUUCUACUAGUUCAAGCAAUAACGGUGGUAUGGAAUUUCAAGGAUCAAUUGCAUCUACAAGUUCUCACACUCCAGCAAUACUCUCUGCUUCUUGUUCCCUUCAGAUGCAGGGACCUGGAAAUCAAUAGAUAUUUUGUCUUUAAUUGGCAACUGCAGAGAAACUGAUGAGCUUGUGAGGUAACACAGAAAUUAAAUUGUGAUAACUUUCAGACUUUCAAAGGAAUACAAUUUUCGUAUGAAUUUAAAGAAUGAAACAGUUGUCUAGGAAAAAAUAAUAAAAAAAACAGCUUGUUAAUGGAUGAAACAGGGUGUAAGUAAGGCAUUUAAAAUGCUGCU